AUGGAGGGUUUCCCGGAGCCAGGCCCGCCCGCGUCCACCCCCACCGCCUGCCAGUCUCAGCGCCCCCAUCUGAGCCCCACCCGAAGCCUCAGCUGGCCGCCCAGUGCCCCGUCCCCGGGGGCCUUGUCACCGGGCGGGGGCAGGCUGGGGAGGCAGCCCCCGGUCAGGGCUGGGGGCCAGCCUGCCAACAAAAGCUACCAGGGCAGCCUCUGUGCCCCCAGCCAACUGACCUUUGACAGCACUGCCCCUCCUUACCCCCUCACCUCCCCACCUGUCCCGUGUCCCAUCACCCUGCACCCCCUCACUGUACACCCUCACCCCACACCGCUCCCCGCACCCCUCACCCUGCACCCCUCCACCCCGCACCCCUUCCACCCUGCACCCCCUCACCCCGCACCCCCUCACUCUGCACCGGUGGCCCAGGGCCAGGCACUGGUGGGCAUGCCCCCUGAGAUCCUGGGGGAGCUCCAACCUCACCUCCUGGGGCACCCCAGCUCUCUGUCCCAUGACCGAGACCCCCCAGGCCAGGCCUAUGCCCCCAGAGCUGGGUCCAGGGCUGAGCCGCCGUGA